AUGGCCGGUCACAUCAAGCCGCUCACCUUGCACGCUCACACCUCCGGCCCGAAUCCAGUCAAGGUAGCGAUGGCGCUGGAAGCUCUCCACAUACCAUACGAGGUAAAGCAGUGGGAAUUCGGCCCCGAUCCGAAAAAGGGCGUGAAAGGCGAAACAUAUCUCAAGAUCAACGAGAACGGACGUGUGCCUGCCAUCGAAGACCCGAACACGGGCGUCACUGCGUGGGAAUCCGGGGCUUGCAUGAACUAUAUUCGCCGCGUGUAUGACAAGGGCAAUGUCAUUGGUCCUUCUGGAGACUCGGCGCAGGAUUUGGUCGAUUUUGAGAAAUGGGAGUACUUCUUGUUAUCAACGCUGGGUCCGAUGAUGGGGCAGACGAAUUGGUUUAGACAUUUCAACGCCGAGAAGAACGAGAAUGCGCUUGAGAGAUACACGGCUCAAGCAUAUCGCUGCUAUGAUGUCCUUGAGGGUCAGUUGAAGAAGAGUGGUGGGGAGAGCAUCAUCCCUGGUCGUGUUACUGCUGUUGAUUAUCACUUUGAGCCUUGGGUGCGCAGCUAUUCUUUUGCUGGGCUGUCGCUGGAUAAUCACCCGUUGAUCUUCAAGUGGCUGGGUCUUAUGAAUACUCGCGAAGAGGUGAAGGAGGCGUAUUUCAGAAUCAGGGGCUAG